AUGGUUGAAUGUCUUCGGGGCCAGUUUGACAAUGAAUCAUCGAGGAGCUCAGAGCAACGGAUUUGUUUCGUGUCUAUGUUGAACUGUCGAUACGAGGCAAUGUUUUACAAAGGAGGGGAGCAUCUUUUGUUGAGCUUCAUCGGAGCUGUCAGCUCAACUCAGGUCAAGCUGCUUCACACAAGCUCCACCCUCCCCCGACCUCCAUCGUAUUCGGUUAAACAUCCUGCAGACUAUUUGGUAGUCAUGCAACUAACACAUCUCAGCCCAAUGCCUGUGAAGAAUUGA